AGCUCAUAGUCGAUACGGCCUUACCGCUAUCUCUAGUGCAUCUGUCUGCUUGCGUUGGCUGUGUUUUGUCGCUUGAUUCCCACGCCGCGACAGAGAAUCUUCCGCAGCUUGGCUAGCUUUGAGAAUGCAGCGCGUUUUGCAAGCGGACACUGCGGGCGGCCACGCCUUCCAUAAGGCGCAUGAGUUCGCUGGCUACGGCCUAGCAGGCGCCACGCCUCUGGCCAUCUUCUCCAGCAAGGGGAGCAUCCUUCAGCGCACCGCGGACUUCAUCUUCAGCGUAGCUAUCCCCGUGCACUCGCACAUCACCAUGAACGCCGUCGUUACCGACUACCUGCCCAAAGCGGCGCGGGGGCCCGCCCGUGUGGGUGUGCUGGGCAUGUCAGUGGUGACGUACCUGGGCAUUAUGAAGAUGAACCUGGCCGGGCCCGGACUCACCGAGACGGUCAAGGGGCUGUGGCGCAAGCCCCAGCCGGCGGCCGCCAGCAAGUAGUCCAGUACACAACACAGGGGCCGCCGAUGGCGUUGGUGUUGGGGUGGCAAUGUAGGGAGGCAUGGAGGAGGAGGCGCCGACAGGCACUGCACGAGGAGGCGUCUGCCGCACGGAGUACGGGUGGCGGCGGGGAUGCGGGUGGGUGGAGGGGCGGGAGGAUGCCGUGCUGGAGUGAGGCGCCGCCGGCUUGAUGCAACUUGGCGUUGGCUGAGCGCUGUGGGGCCCCGGCAAAUGCAGCCGCGGCCGGCGUUGGCCGGUCAAUGCAACUAGUGAUGUAGGCAUGCCGGUGGUCGUGGCCGCGCAUGCAGCUGACUGCACCGAUGGACGCAGAGCUGCAGCGGCUAAAGCUUAUCGUGUAAACUAGUAAUGGUGUUAACUGCGUGUUCGAGUGAUGGUGCCGAUGUAGUGGCCCCUUCGGGGUGCGUAGGAAGGAGCUGUGAUGUGGUAUGAGUACGAGGCGUGUGGGUUGCGCCGGGGCAAGUUCAGAUUGCCACGUUCACAGUCCACGUGUAAUAGUGUGCUAGCUCACUGGCCUCGGCUCUACAACGUCAUGUUCGCUUGUGCGUCUUGCGUUCUUUCAAGCAUAUCAAUAUGUGUAAUGUUGCUGAUUG